AUGAAUCAAUUAUUAAAACUUAAAUUAUUUGUUAUGGGUCUUAUGUCAACAUUGGAAUCAUUAAAAGUUAAACAAACAUCGGAUGAAAUUCUUAUUAGACAUUAUAAACAAUCACUUGAUAUGGUUAUUGGACAUUUAAAAAAACCAUUACCUGAACCAGAAUCAGGUCGUCAUCAUGUUAAUGAACUUGAUCGUUUAAGACGUCAAAUGCGUUUAAAAGAUUUAUUAGAUAUGAUUAAUAAAUUAGAAGAAUUAAAAUUACAUGCUAAAUCAUCACAAGAAAUUCUUAACAGAUUAGAUGAUAUUAAAGAAAGUCUUGGAUACCUUGAAGCUGAACUACAAAAUAGUAUACCGGAUGUAAUUAUUUGGUUAUUAUCAAAUGGUAAACGUUACGCAUAUUAUCGUUUACCAGCAAAUGAAGUAUUUUAUUCACCAAAUGUUGAUCGUCGUGGUCGUCUUUGUGGAAAAGUUCAAACAAUAACAUUAAAAUGGCCUGGAAAAGAAACUGAUAUUGCUAAAGAUAAAAGAAAUUUUCUUCCUGGUGAAAUUCGUGUUAAAAUUUGGUUAGGCUUAGCUAUACAUGAACAAAAUUGGUUAUCACAACAAAAAGGUGCUGAUUUAGCUAUUUAUGCUGAAACACAUGAAAAUCAAACAAAUGUGCUUGGACAAUGGACAACAACAAAACCGUUAAUGAGUAGACCAGCUUGGUCGGAUGUUACAGGAAGUAUAAGUUUACCGAAAAAAGAUUUUCAAUUACCACCGGGAUGGGGAUGGGAAGAAUUUGCGUAUUCUUUUUAUCUGUUUUAUGUUAGUAUUCGAUAUUCAGAUGAUACUGGACAUAGAAAAUUUACUGAAGAAAUUUAUGAACAUCAAUAUCGUUUGAUGGCUGGUGCUCAAUGGCAACCAAAAGCAACUUCUUGGACUGAUUUAGCUGGUGAUAAAGUUUCAAGUAAAGAUGAACGAAAUGAACCUCCAUUAGGAUGGGAAUGGGAAGAUGAAUGGACAAUUGAUGCUAAUCGAGCUGUUGAUGAAGAAGUUUUUGAAUAUUGUGUUAAUCAAACACUUGGUGGUUGGUGUCCAACUGAAAAAAUAUUUCAUUUAAAUCGUCGACGUCGUUGGUAUCGAACACGAGUUGUUAAAGGAGAUAAAGUCUCCGAACAAAAAAAAAAGAAAAAAGAUGGUCAAGAUGAUUUAAAAAAUGAAGGAUGGGAAUAUGCACCAAUGUUUAAUAUGAAGUUUCAUGCUGAUGAACGAAAUAUGGAUAUGACACGUUGUCGACGAUGUCAUAGAAAAAUGGUUCCAUCAGCUGAACAAACGCAUAUGACAUCAACAGGAGGAUUUGUUGCUAAUACAGAUAUUGUUUUUCGAAUGGAAUCACAAGUUCCAUCAAUAACUGAUUCAUCAGUUAAAACAGAUCAACAAUUUGAUUCAUCACCACCAACAACAACAACUAAAAAAGUUAAAAUUGAAUUAAAUGCACCACGAAUGUUUCUUAGUUUUAAAACAAGAAAUCUUUUAUCAAUGGAUAAUGAUAGUUUUUCUGAUCCAUAUGCACAAAUUGGUUUUAUUAAUCAAAGUCAACGUACUGAAGUUAUACAAAAAAUAUUAUGUCCAACAUGGGAUCAAACAUUAAUCUUUUCAAAUGUUGAACUUUAUGGUGAACCUGAUGAAAUUCAUCAUGAUCGACCAAAUAUUCUAAUUGAAUUAUUUGAUAAAGAUCAAUAUGGAAGUCCGGAUUUUCUUGGUCGUGUACAAUGUCCACCUAUUGUUCGUUUAGUACCGGAUGAAACAAAACCAACAAUUAAAUUAAAAUGGUUUCCAGUUAAACGAGGAAAAGAUGAUGCUGGAGAAUUAUUAGCUGCUUUUGAACUUUUCUUAUUACCUGAAACUGAGAAUUCUUUGUUGGGUAUUCGAAAUAUGAAAACAUUUAUGUUAUCUGAUGUUGAUUGUCCACAAGUUGCUUUGAAGUUGCUGAACAUGAAAUUGAAUCAACUAUUAUUAAAAAUGUUAAAAAAAACACCAAAUUUUGAUAAAUCAUUAUUAUUUCUUGAUGUUGUAUGUUAUCAUUUUUAUUAG